GGGGUUCGCCUGUGAGAAUUGAGAUUAGUCUCACCAUUAUGGGACCGGCUAGCAGGCAAACUCGUGUGUGGUAGAGUAAACGGGGAGUAUUUUGUAGACUUGUUUCAUCGUGGGACCUGUGGCUCAGAGGGAGGGGAAAACAAAGAGCAGAACUGAAGGGCCAAGAAAAUGAAUCCAAACACAAGUUCCCUCCUGAUUGGGAUUGUUGGUGCAGCCAUCACUCUGUCUGCCUACUCGCAGACUCUCAUCUCUCCCACGCAGUGCAUCACAGUUGGCCUCUUCGUUCUCAUCUUUGGUCUUCUUGUUAAGGAAGGUCUCAUCUCUAUUUGACGCUUUUCUUCAUUCAAACUUAUAUCCGGCCGUAAAGUAGUGAAUUGGAAUUAAGAUGGAAUUCAACCCUUCCCCUAAUUUGUACUUUUUGAAGUGCUAUUUCCCUGCGUUUGUUUAUGCAGUACUCUUGAGCUCCUUGUUUGAUGCAUCAUGCAAGAUUACUAUCAUGUUUUUUUGCCUCUUUGAUUUGUACUCUCUCGUUUGACAAUGAUAUGUGGGAUCUUUCCUGAAUCAUCUUUAGCCUCCUCUUGCAGAUAAAGCGAUUACAUUAA